AUGGAGAACGACCACGGUGAGCUUGUUGAUCUUUACGUGCCUAGGAAGUGCGCUGCCUCCGGCCGUCUGAUCGAAGCUAAGGACCACUCGUCGGUUCAGAUCGCCGUGUGCGACGUGGACGAAAACGGCAAGAUGAUCCCGGGCUCGACCACCAACAUUCCUAUCUCUGGUGCUAUUCGUCACCAUGGCGAGAGCGAUGACUCGCUGAACCGUAUCGCGCAACAGAUGGGCUGUAUGUAUUUUAGCGCGCUGUGA